AUGCCGUCCAUGGAGUCAAAACAGCCAUUUCCGCCCCUCUCAGCAGACGAACUCGCGACAACAACGACGACCCAUGGCAUCCACAAUACCGGCUAUCUCGAGCACGAGGAAGAGAUCCUGUCGCCGACAUAUGACGAUCUGGCGGAGGAUGAUGCUGACUUCCAAUCCAACUAUUCUCUGGACAACCAGUUCUUCUCCGACGCCUCUUCGGAAUCAGACGAGGGAUCGCCCGAAGACGCGAUUGGCAUGCAUCAUCCUUUCCAACAGUCGACCAGUUCGCUUCACGGGCCGAAUGCCUUUGCGCCUCCAUUCUACAAUAGACCGCCGACCCCGCUCCCCCCAUCCCCCUCGUUGACCUCGCUUCUUCGGCCCCCUUUCUCAACUACAACAUCCCGGCCGACUACCCCUGACAGCUCUGACGUGGAAACGCCGAAUGAUACAGAAGCGGCUGUUGCAAAGUCGGCCCGUCGUGCGACAACUGUCCCACGCGCCAGCCCGAAGGUUCCGACAUACGAGUACUACGGAUUCGUUUUGUACCUGACUUCCUCCCUGGCAUUCUUGAUAUACAUCCUCUGGUCCUUUCUGCCGUCGCCGUUUCUGCAUCAGCUCGGCAUCAAUUAUUAUCCUACACGAUGGUGGUCGCUCGCAAUGCCUGCGUGGCUGGUCAUGCUGAUCAUAUACAUCUACGUUGCCCUGGCAUCAUACAACACCGGGUAUCUGACCCUCCCGAUGAACAGUAUCGAGAACAUUGUGGACGAUGUCGCAAAUGUAGCCGUGAUCGAUGGCAAAGCAAGACGCCGCCCUGGCGGCGCUGCGAAGAUGAAGCCUGGUGCAACCUCGUUUCAAAUCAUGGGGCCGCAGAACCGCAAGGUCAACUGGAAGGAGAUCUGGGCCGAAGGCACAGAUGCCGUCAUGGACAUACCUGUCGGAGGAGUUUGUGAGGUCUUGUAUGGGCCGGAGAGAGACGAUGACGAGCUCUGCGGGAAUUUCGCGACUCCUACAGAGGAGACAUGGCAGGGCUGA